ACCCCGCCCCCGAGGCCCCGCCCCGGGUUAGGUUGAGGCCGCCCCACUGCGCCGAGGGCCGCCAUCGCUAUUGCGGCAUUCUCCCUCGGCUCCGGAGGCAGGGGCAACUCUUCUCUUCCUGUCUGGGAAAUAGACCAUAGCUCAAAAGGAAGGCCGAGGGAGAAGUUAGAAAGGGAUGAUGAACGAACCGUUUUGAGGGGACUGCAACGCCGCGGCAAUACCCGCCCCUGAGCUGCGCGCACUACCGCCUCGGUAGCUGUCAUGGCCGCCAGGCCACGUGACUCCGGCUUGGCGCCGUCCUGGUUUUCCGUCACCCUGGUUCUGUAGUCUCGGUUCUCCGACUCCCUCUUUUUCUCGCUUGUGGACUCCGAUAUAUUGCCCUUCUUCCCUUAGAAGAACUGCUGAACCGACUCUGAGAAAUUUGAAAACAUCUGGAGAAAAUGACCCAUUGGUUUCAUAGGAACCCAUUAAAAGCCACAGCUCCUGUGUCUUUUAAUUACUAUGGUGUAGUCACUGGCCCUUCUGCUUCAAAAAUAUGCAAUGACUUGAGGUCAUCCAGGGCACGACUCCUUGAACUGUUCACUGAUUUGAGCUGUAAUCCAGAAAUGAUGAAGAAUGCAGCAGAUUCAUAUUUCUCACUUUUACAAGGUUUCAUAAAUUCUUUGGGUGAAUCUACCCAAGAAAGCAAGUUACGAUAUAUUCAAAAUUUCAAGUGGACUGAUACAUUGCAAGGACAGGUUCCAAGUGCCCAGCAGGAUGCUGUUUUUGAAUUAAUUUCCAUGGGAUUUAAUGUAGCUUUAUGGUAUACCAAAUAUGCUUCAAGACUGGCUGGAAAAGAAAAUAUAACAGAAGAUGAAGCAAAAGAAGUUCAUCGAAGCCUAAAGAUUGCAGCUGGGAUUUUUAAACAUUUAAAGGAAAGUCAUAUCCCAAAACUCAUUACACCUGCAGAAAAAGGAAGAGAUUUAGAGUCACGACUCAUAGAAGCAUAUGUUAUUCAAUGUCAGGCUGAAGCUCAAGAAGUAACAAUUGCUCGAGCAAUUGAGCUAAAACAUGCUCCUGGACUAAUUGCUGCACUGGCGUAUGAAACAGCCAAUUUCUAUCAAAAAGCUGAUCAUACUUUAUCCAGUUUGGAGCCUGCAUAUUCUGCCAAAUGGAGAAAAUAUCUUCACUUGAAGAUGUGUUUCUACACGGCUUAUGCUUACUGUUACCAUGGUGAGACUUUAUUGGCUAGUGAUAAAUGCGGUGAAGCAAUCAGGUCUCUCCAAGAAGCAGAAAAAUUGUAUGCAAAGGCAGAAGCACUGUGUAAAGAAUAUGGAGAAACCAAAGGACCUGGACCAACAGUCAAACCUUCAGGACAUCUGUUCUUUAGGAAACUUGGAAACCUUGUGAAGAACACCCUAGAAAAAUGUCAGAGAGAAAAUGGAUUUAUUUACUUUCAAAAAAUUCCAACAGAAGCCCCACAGCUGGAACUCAAAGCAAAUUAUGGUCUCGUAGAGCCUAUACCUUUCGAAUUUCCUCCUACAAGCGCUCAGUGGACACCAGAAACAUUGGCUGCAUUUGAUCUCACCAAAAGACCCAAGGAUGACAGUACUAAACCCAAACCAGAAGAAGAAGUGAAACCUGUGAAAGAACCAGACAUCAAACCUCAAAAGGACACUGGGUGCUACAUCUCCUAAAAUACUCCUAAAAUACAAUUUGCACUUAGAAUUUCUCUAGCAGUAGAUAAGAUAAACCACAGAAUUUCAGUUCUUAUUUCUCAAAAUGAUUUCUCUGAAGCUUGUAGAAUAACUAUUAUAUUCAGAGGAUUAUCUGCCUUCAGCUUACUUGUUCUUGAUUUUUAAUACAACGGAGAUGUUUCUUGCUUUGUUUUCAGACUCUCCUUUUUAAUCAGGACAACAUUUGAAAGAUUUUAUUGUGCCUCUAAAGGGUAUAUUUGGGGGUUGGGUCUUUUUGUUAAACUCUGGAUAAUAAUAAGUUUGAGGUCAGUAUAGGCCCGAAUCAUGUGGUUUCAGGUAUGUUUUUCUUUUUUCUUUUUCUUUUUUUUUUUUGAGGCGGAGUCUCCCUCUGUUGCCCAGGCUGGAGUGCAGUGGCAUGAUCUCGGCUCACUGCAACCCUCCACCUCCUGAAUUAAAGUGAUUCUCCUGCCUCAGCCUCCCGAGUAGCUGGGAUUACAGGCAUGCACCACUACACCCAGAUAAUUUUUGUAUUUUUAGUAGAGACGUGAUUUCACCAUGUUGGCCAGGCUGGUCUCGAACUCCUGACCUCAGCUGAUCUGCCCGCCUUGGCCUCCCAAAGUGCUGGGAUUACAGGCGUGAGCCACUGCACCUGGCCUCAGGUAUGUUUUUCUAUCUACAAAGUUUAUUUUCCUUCCUCUUAUUUGAUAUCAGAAGAAUGACAGGAAUCAGUUUUUAACAGAGAUAGUUUUUCCGUUUCUCCAUUGUGUUAAUCAGAGCGCAGACUUACAUUCUCAGUCAUUUAUCUUUUCUGGUGGAGAAUAAAAAGUCACUUAUAGUUAAAGAUCAGAAAAUUAUCACACCAAAUCCAUUACAUAUGUUAGAAUCAAUAAUUUACUCAAAAAUCAGUUUUUAUAGGUAUGUUGGCACCUUAUCCAAGAACUUAUCCCUGUUCCAGUACCCCUGUGCUUCAUUCAGUAUCAGUAACCCUGCAAUGAUGUUUACAAAUAUCUUUUUCUAGUGGGUUUUUUACUUAGAGGAAAGAACUUUGUAAUAGCUCUUAAUGUUUAUAUAUAAGAGAAGACAGAAUGGAAAAUGUUUUUUGAAGUCAAAUAUUGCAUGAUGUAAAGAAAAAACUUUAAACUUAAAUGAGUAGGUUGUCCUGAAUUACACUGGUAACUCUCUACUUCUUUAUUAAAGAAGUUAUAGUAAGAUGCCUUUGUUACCUGAUUUCAGUGUACAUUGUUUUUAUGUGGUUUUCUGAUAAUGUCCUGUCAGAAUUGUAUUGGUUUAGGCCAAAGGCCAUAGCAAAAACAUAGAGAACAAAUAUAGAUACAAUAUGAUCUUAAAAAUAGAUUGUAACAUUUUAAACAAUUAGUUUAGUAAUUUGGGAAAUAGUGGAUGCAUAAUACUUUAACAGAAGUCACACAUCUGUAGGUUUAUCUUUUGAUUAUUCUCCUGAGGCAUUAGAUAGUUUUUCUAUUAUAAGCGACAGAUUGACUCACUUAAUAUAAAUAAGUAGCAUACACUAAAAGCUUACUAUGUGCCAGAUACUGUGCUGGACACUUAACAUAGAUAAGCCAUUGAAUCCACACAGCAGCCCUGUAAGAAAUAAGUAAAAUCUGCAUAAAGUGUUGAAAUAGGAAUAUACAUUUCAUUAUGAAAAAUGAAUAGAUUAUGCCUAUCUGAAUCAAUAUUGCAUUCAAAUAAGUGAUUACUUAAAUCAUAUAUCAUAGUUUACACUCCUUAAAAAAAGGUACAUAAAUUCAGUGAGGUUUUUUUCUUAACAUACAGAAGUACUAAAUACUGCUUGCAGUAUAAUAUUGAUAUUGGAAGCUGCAGUUUCCAGAAUAAGUGGAGUAAUAACUAAACAGACAUUUAAUUUUAUUUCAAUAUCUAUGGAAAAAACACUUUAUUAAAUCUCCCUGUAUUUUAUGUUGUCUUUAUUACAGAUUCACUUGUCUGUUUGUUGUGUGCCACUUACUGACAAAACUUUAAACAGUACUUGAUGCCAGCUCUUUACUCUGUGGCUGUGGGACCUAUUUCUUUUAGGUACUUGUGCUUAUUAAUCUACUUACUAAAUUUUCACAUUGACAUUUUUGGGGAUGAUACUACCAUAUAUGAAAUGGAAAAUGUAAUAUGCUCAGUGCUUCUGUAAAAUGCAGCAAUACUGGUAUUACUUUACAUCAGUAGGCAUCUUUGACAGCAUAUAAAUAUUUUGUUGACUCAGCAAAGGUGACACUUUGUGACUAAAGUAUCCCAUUAUAUAUAAUGUUUUUUGAAAUGUUGGAAAUUUUGGGGAAUUAUCAAAUGUAUAGAAGUUGCAUGAAGGUUAUAGAGAGGUGUAACUGUUUGUUAACUAUUACAUGGAUUUCAUACUAGGCAGUGACAACUAACAUGUUACUUCAACUAAAAGUGUAUAAUGGGUUGUCUUUUUAUUUAUGAAAAUAAAAGUAAUUUUACUUACAA